AUGUGGAGCCAGAUCCUCGAUCUCCAGCUCGAUUUCAGAGACCCCAUCACGGCUCUGGAGUACUUGAAAUAUGGCGACCAUGCCGAAGGGUAUCAGCUGGUCGACUUGUUCGCCUACAAAGCCUGGUUCCUCAUGACACGCGGCGAUUUCAAGUGUGCUGAGCAGUUGAUCGAUGCCAUCCCUGCCGAAAGGUUCUCGCUGGCAUGUCGGGGUCUCUGUCGCCACUACUCCGACAAGAAGAAUGGCGACGCGGCGAAUGGGUCCUUGGAAGAUCACAAGGACGUAUUCAGCGUUAUGCAACCAGCGCUGAACAUUGUGUGCAAUGAACUUGGGUCCCGAAGACUGAAGGGGGACCAGACUACCAGUUGGAAACCUGGAUGCUUCGUUCCUCCUCUUGACUAG